AUGCAAGAAGAAAUCAAUCUAUUACAAAGGAGAAUAAAGGAGCUUGAGAUCGUUAACGAGCACGGUCGUCUGCGCAUUCAAGACUUAGAGCGGGAGUUGGCGGGCGGUUCCGCGAUGCCGUCACUAACCCAGGGACCUUCCAUGUCUACCCUCCCCCGUACGCAAACGACACCAACACCACCCUCUAUACUGCCUUCGUGGAGGGCAAGGACAGAUGCUCGCGUGCGCCUAUUGUGCUCUCUCAACCGCGCGGGGAAUGCACUCUGUGCAUGGCAUGAUUCCAGACGAGAACGCAGGACAUAUCCUCCUCGCAUGGCCCCCCCUGGUUACCUCAACUGUGGAUGCACGUUUGAGGAGGCACUCUUCGAGGAAAGUCUGUCUCGACACGGCGUUGGAAGCUAUCAUCCGGGAGAGAGUGUCCGCAUGGAUCCCGCAUUGCGCAACCCACUAUUCCGUCUACUGCAAACUCGGUACGGAUACCAAGAUGGUGACUUCGAGCGGGACCCAAAAACGGGUGAGUGGGUCGAGGGGGAGGGGAAUGCCCUGUGGGAAAGAAAGCUUGCCCAAGGCGCUAUGAACGUCAGGAAGAAUCGAACGGAGGAGCGUCGCUGA